CGCGUGGGCUCUGUCAUAAUGGUGAAAGAGAAAGUAGCUUUCUGCCCAUUCGGAUUUGAAUUUUUAAUUUGAACAGUGCUUGAAUCAUGUUGUCAGACAAGGAGAAAGAAGGGUGCAAAACCAUCCUGAACAAACUUCCUCAACAGGAUUUGAUAACCCUUACCGAUACAGUUACCAACCGCUUGGUUUCACCAGAAAAUGCCAGUGAGGCAGUUGAUGCCAUAGUAACCUACAGCCAUACUGCAUCUCAGUUGUUGAGAAGGAAGAAAGUGAAAAGGGAACACAUUUACCAAUACUUGGCUGAAAAUGGCAUGAUUGAGCCUGUUACGUCAGAUAAGCCAAGUCUGAUAAGAAAAGCAAUGCUGUAUUGGGGAUCACCUCAACAGGAUAGUGACGAUGAACCUGAUCCCACAACAGAGGCCUUAAAACCCACUGCAGCAGUCUCAAGCAAUGUAAAUACCCCAUCACUCGAUAGCAACAUUGACGGACAACAAUUAGCACAAUAUUUUGUUCCCUGGUUCUACAAAAUCCUGAACUCUUUCAAUACGUCCCCGGAUAACAUAGCACAGGAAUGGGGCCCACAACAUUUUUGGGCUGAUGCCAAAGGUUCGGUUCUUAUGGUAUCAGGUGGCCAAGUGCUGGAUGAAUUUCAAGGAUCAUUAGCAGUCAGUGAAAAGUUUCGAGAACUUGUGCGUAAAGAAAAACUUGUCUUCAAUGCAAAUGUAAGUGGAGCAAGGGGCCAAAUAGAUGCAUAUGGACUCGUCAAAAUAUCAGUCGGAGGCACAGUUCAUAGAUUUUCAGAUUGCCUUGGAAUUUUUGAGCAAUCAUUUGGACUUAUUCGGGACCCGCAGAUGGAGAAUAACUGGAAAAUAAAAUUCACUGAGCUGAAAUUAAAGGCACAGCAACACCAUGAAGUUGAGGGUUAUAGAAAAAAGGCUAUAACAUGAAAUUACUGUAAUGUGUCCCUUUUGAAAAAUAUUGUCAGAAAGUACACCUUUAUGGCACAUCAUAUGUGAAUCUAAAAUGUAAUAAUGAACUAUUAAUUUACAGAAGGUGUAUUCACAGAAAACUGGCCUGAGUUCCUUGAGAAAAAAUUUCAUUAGAACUAGAAGUUUCCUGGCCUAAGUUCCUUGACAAAAUAUUGCACUCCAGAUUUUGCAAUUUAAAAUGUUUGAAUGACCCCUCUACCCUUCCCUCUGGUCAUGGAGGCUGGAUCAUUAGCUCUUGUGGCUCACAACCCAGUUUUGGGACUUUUUUCUCUUCAGUCUAUUAAAGACGUUUCACUGAUCAGGAAAGAGAUGCAAUAGUUAAUUAUAUGUAAAACAGUAAGUAAAGUUACAAAUACUUCUGGCGAAAGAGAUGUUAAUAAGCCAUUUCCGAGUUGCUUUUUACCUCUGUUUCAAAACGAGUGCUGGUGCACAACCUUUCAUAUGGAAAUGAGUUUGAUUUGCGAGACAAUGAACAUGCAAGAAAAACUCAUUUCCAUACGAAAGGUUGUGUGCCAAGAAACAGAGGUAACGGCAACUUGGAAAUGCUCUAUUACAAUAACACCACACACAGCUGGACCCCUCUAAUUCGAACUCAGUUAUUUCAAAUUCCCUGUUAUUUUGAACUCAAAGCCAUUUUCCUUGGAUUUGCCCUUGAUUUUUUUUUUUCAUUCAUUUACUAUCGGCUAUGUUAAACUCGUUUACUUUGAACUCCCAGCUAUCUCAAACUGAUUUUUGUUUCCCUUGGCAUAAAAUCAACCUGUUUAUGACAUCAGACCACAUUAGAACAUAACUAAAAAGCAACAAUUUGGGCUUUUCGUUCCACUUUACUCUUGUACUGGAAUGAAUCUUUUUCCUUAGGUGUUUUCUUCUGGCCCUUGGUCAAUUAAAAAAUACAUUCUAUCAUGAUGCUGAUUACAUGCAAAAAAUAUCAAUUAUUGUUUUCAUAUUUAGUGUCGACCCAGUAUUUUUGAACCUCUGCUGUUUCGAGCUAUUUUUGUUUUCCUCUCAGAGUUUGAAAUAGCAGGGUUCAACCAAAUAUAUUUUUUAUCAAAUUUGCCAGUGUU